CUCCACAUCCGGUAACGUGGGCACAGCCAAACAGCCGUCAACAUGUCGAAAGUAACUUUCAAGAUUACGCUGACUUCGGAUCCUAAACUUCCGUACAAAGUUCUGAGUGUUCCAGAACAAACACCUUUCACAGCUGUCUUGAAAUUUGCAGCAGAGGAAUUCAAAGUUCCCCCAGCAACAAGUGCUAUAAUAACUAAUGAUGGUAUAGGAAUUAACCCAGCUCAAAAUGCAGGAAAUGUUUUCCUGAAGCACGGGUCUGAGUUACGAUUAAUACCCAGAGAUCGAGUAGGAUUCUCCUGACCACACCCUGUUGACCUAGAAAACAACUUGUAACCUCUCAAGUCAUCACUUUAUCUCAUCCACAAGUUCAACUUAGUUCUCCUCAUGUGCAGAACGUUAAAGGAGAAGAAAAUUUAAAAAAUGGCACUUUUGGCUGAAAAGAGCACAUCUGGUGGUGCCUGCUGCGUAAUUUUGGGAUUUUUUUCUCGCCAUACACGU